UUUAGUGCUCUGGUAAUAACUCUACUUGAACUCAAACUUCACCCCAAGGCUGUUUCCCAGACCUUUCAAAAAAGGUGUGUCUAAUUUGUGACCAAAUCAUUUAAACUGGAAAUAAGGAUUCCUUUCAGAAUGACUAAAAUGCAUUCACACAGCACUGUGGUCUCAGGGACUCCAAACAAUGGCAAAGGGCUUAAUCUUUCUUGGUUUCUUUUCCCUGCUGCAUUAGACCGUUUCAUGCAUAAUGAGAUCUUGACUGCAGAAGAAGCAAGACUCGAUGCCGUAGAUGUGCUGAGAACGUCACAGCGGAAGCUUAGAAGGGAUUUGAUGUACGAUUUUACAGAGAAAAGAGCCCAGCCUCGCACUUCACUUCCCUCUGCUCUGUCUGUGAAGGCAUAUAUUAUCUCUCUGUGCUCAAAGGAGCUUGAGUUUCCUGAGUUUAACAGUUGAAGUUUUGAGAAAAAUGCAGCAUUGGACAGAGGUCUGAUCUCUUUCUAAUGUUUCAUUAAAUUAAAGUAACAGAUGCUGAACUGAGCUUUAUCUACGCAUGUGAAUCUCACAGUUGAAGAGUCAGAGGAGUGAAACAUCAAAGUUGAGAUACAGCUGGGCGUCUUGAAUAUCUCUGAUGGUCUAUAAUGAACUCAGCUCCUAAACCUUCAGUGGAUUACAGAGCCGAGGAGUAAAUCACCACCAGACUUCAGAAUGCUGUGUAUCUUGCAGUGUUUUUAUUCUUAGUGCUCACAUUUCUGCAGACUUGCGAUUGGAAGGAUGACUUCAUCAUCUGUUGGACACCACUGAUACAUACUCAUUAUUUACAAUAGCUACGACACCAGAGAGACGGAAGGAUGAAUGGGCUGGAAGAGACCUCGGUGAAAUGCGUCCUGGUCGGGGACUGUGCGGUGGGUAAAACGGCACUUCUUGUACGAUUCACUUCUGAAACGUUCCCAGACAGCUACAGACCUACUGUCUAUGAAAACACUGGUGUUGAUGUGUUCAUGGAUGGAGUCCAGAUCAGCUUGGGACUGUGGGAUACAGCAGGCCAUGAGACAUUCCGGCAAAUCCGGCCCAUGUCCUAUCAGCAGGCGGAUGUGGUUUUGCUCUGCUAUUCGGUGGCAAAUGCGAAUUCGUUAAAUAAUUUGCGGCACAGAUGGAUCGCUGAAGUGAGGGAGUAUCUCCCGAAGGUUCCUGUGCUGGUUGUUGCCACACAGACGGACCAUCGUGAGAUGGGCCCGUAUCGCGCCAACUGCACCGCGGCCUCGGAGGGCAAACAGGUGGCACAGGAGAUCCGUGCCAAGGGAUACCUGGAGUGCUCGGCUCUCAGCAAUCGUGGCGUGCAGCAGGUUUUCGAGUGUGCUGUUCGGACGGCUGUUAAUCGGGCACGAAGACGGACACGGCGGAGACUGAUGGACCUUAACCCCUGUAAAAUGUCCUGAUGCUUUCAAAAGAGGGCUGUCGUUUGAUUCUCAUGCAUCACUAAGACACAAUUGUUUCUCACACACAAUACCAACUAUUUGAAGCCUCAACAAAGACUUCUUAACACUGAUAUCUUGAUAAUGUUUACUUAAAAGACUGAUUGAUUUUGAGUCGUCUAGUGAGGCUCUGAAAUCUGAUUAUACAUUAGACACAUUACAGAUAUUUAUUCAUUAGAAAGCUGUGUACUUUUAAUUUUAUGAGUAUUAAAUGAUUGAAACAUAUCUUUUAAAAGACAGGUGCGUUGGAAAAUGUACAUUUGUAGAUUGUAGCUCUUCAAGUUCGGUUUUAAAUGUCAUUCUUGUGAAUUGAAACGGAGCUUUAAAUCUCACUCUCAGUCUGCAGGUUUCUCUCCUAGACCUGUGAAAACGUAAAAUAAGGAGUCACAUUAGCUCAUAAUGUCAGAUCACAUUCUGUUAUCUUAAUUUUAGAUGGCGAUUAAAUCAGUUUGGUUAUGAAUUUCUGACUUUGACCGACAAUGCUUUUUUCUGUGUUAUGUUGUUGUUGUGAAGCUCUUAUUCUUAAAAGAUUGAUUUCAUAAUCUUUAUGAGGUCACUUAAAAAAAGUAGUUGUUUUAAUAAAAAAGAGUUUAGCUCUGUGUGGUUUGUCACGCACAGCGAACCAUGGAAAAUGUUUUUACAUACGUUCUGACUAAAUAAACAAAAGGCGUGUGUUAUUAAAAAUAAGAAUUACUUAAAAAAAGGGAUUUUCAAACUUAUUAAUGCUAAGAAUUUAUAAAUAUGAUAAUCCCCUUGAAAAGGACCCCCUUCCUAUAUCAUAAAGUUAACUAUUUAUUUUAAGAAAUAUUGUGAUAUAUAUAUAUAUAUAUAAAAGAAA